AUGGCUUCGCCUGCAGAUGACCCCUUUGAGCUUUCUCAGGUUUCGUCGUCGAUAUCUGCUGAUGAUACACUACAGUUCCUGGACACCCAUGGAAUCUUCUACCUAGAGGAUGCAGAGAUCGGACAACGGGUUGAUGAGUUGUACAACACGAAACAAAUCAGGACGGAUGUUGCUAGCCUGGACUACUUUAUGCCAGUCCUUGAGAAUAACCCACGUCUCAAACCAAUUCUCGGAAGCUACUCGAUACGACAGCCUAGGAUUCGUUUUCCAUGGGGCACGGUGCCUGGAGUUUGGUACAACUGGUUCCAAAAGUCAGAUCAAGCGAAGAAGAAGCUUACUGCUUAUAUGCUGGGCUCUGGGUCGUUGUACAGAUGUCUGGACGGUUCACUCAUAAUCGAUUCUGACGGUGAGCUAGACGACCAGGGCUUCUAUCGAUAUCCACCUACCGUUGCGGAAAAUUACGCGACAAAGGAAAUAAAGAUGGAGAAAGGCGGCGCGUAA